CCGCGCAGGCGCGUCCCCGGCUCCGCCUCGGGAUUGACUACCCCCUCCCUGCCCCGGCCGGCGUCCAGGCCACCGACCUGCAGCGCCGCCGGUGCCGUCCGGUGGAAGCGCCUCCUCAGCAGUCCGGAGACCUGGCGGGGAGAGGGAGGACGCUGAGAGGGGACGCAAGGGGCACAAGCAAGAAAUUAUCCAGAUCAGGUUGGCCUUGCGAAAUAAGCUAAAUGAAGCUUGCUUUGUAUGAUGAAACUGGUUUUGUCAGUUCGGGGAAUUUUCAAGAGUCAUGAUGGUGAAGAGGAUGGUGACAUCCAAGGACAACCACAAAGCCUCUCUCUCAACACUGGUGAGAACCAGAUUCCUCCCCCCUGGUUCUGUAGCUGCUAGCAGAGUUCUGGAAGCUGAUUAAAGAGAAGAUGAGAAAUAAUAGAUCACUGGUGCUGGGGGACACCCCAGCUGCCAUGUUGUCGGGAGAGGCUCAGAUGAAGAGGGACCACUGCUUCCUGCUAAAAACCACCUGAGUGAUCUUGGAAGUGGCUUCUCUGGCCGCAGCCCAGCCUUCCCCUGACUGCAGCCGCAGUUGACAUCUAGACUGUAAGAUCUGUUACGUAAUCUGCUUCUAAAUUCUUGACCCAUAGAAACUGUGAGUUGAGGAAAAGGGAAAUAACUGCUUGAAGGACAUCAGCAAGCUAGGGGUCAGUCCUGGAUUUUCGGUGGCCCCCAGUCCUGAAGAUCGGAGUGUUGGUUUUCAGAGAAAAACCAAAUUAUCAGAUUUGACUGUGAUGAUCAUGAGGAUAAAAGUUAAACCCCAGAGCCAACUCAGGCACAUCCAGACAUGAAAAACAGUUUCCCUGGAACCUGGGCUCCCCGAGACGCAGCGCUGGAGCAGAUGGAUAAUGGAGACUGGGGCUAUAUGAUGACUGACCCAGUCACGUUAAAUGUAGGUGGACACUUGUAUACAACGUCUCUCACCACAUUGACGCGUUACCCGGAUUCCAUGCUUGGAGCUAUGUUUGGGGGCGACUUCCCUACAGCUCGAGACCCUCAAGGCAAUUACUUCAUUGAUCGAGAUGGACCUCUUUUCCGAUAUGUCCUCAACUUCUUAAGAACUUCAGAGUUGACCUUACCCCUGGAUUUUAAGGAAUUUGAUCUGCUUCGGAAAGAAGCAGAUUUUUAUCAGAUUGAGCCCUUGAUUCAAUGUCUCAAUGACCCCAAGCCUCUGUAUCCUAUGGAUACUUUUGAAGAAGUUGUGGAGUUAUCUAGUACUCGGAAGCUUUCUAAGUACUCCAACCCAGUAGCUGUCAUCAUAACCCAAUUAACCAUCACCACCAAGGUUCAUUCCUUACUAGAAGGUAUCUCAAACUAUUUCACAAAGUGGAAUAAGCACAUGAUGGACACCAGAGAUUGCCAGGUUUCCUUUACUUUCGGACCCUGUGAUUAUCACCAGGAAGUUUCUCUCCGGGUCCACCUGAUGGAAUACAUUACAAAACAAGGUUUCACGAUCCGCAACACCCGAGUGCAUCACAUGAGUGAGCGGGCCAAUGAGAACACAGUGGAGCACAACUGGACUUUCUGUAGGCUGGCCCGGAAGACUGAUGACUGAUCUCCAAGCCUGGGAGAAGUUCCUGGAAACUGACUCUCCAGGACAUGGAAGAGACUUUUUUUUUUUUUUUUAAUCACAGUGUGCGAUUUUUUUUUUUUUAAUAUUUUUAUUUAUUUGAAGGCAUUGAGGACCAGAAGGAAGUUUUGUGCUUUAGCAGACUCCUCUAUGUUUUGUUCCCUUUACCUUGAGUAUGCAUGUGCCUGUUCGGAGCCUCCAGAUACCUUUUUUAUAAAAAGAAGUAUGAAAAUCAUUAUGGUAUAUAAUCUACUCUUAACAGAGCUUUUUUUAUUACAGUGCUACAAUGAUUUCUGAUUACAUGGUCCCUAACUCAACUAGAAGGCUAAAAAUGCAGGAAUGAAAGAAUAAACAGAGUACUCAUGAUGCCUUUGAGAAAAAUCAAAACAUCAUGUAGGGUGACCUAGUUUCCAAACCAAUAAGCAGUAUUGUAAUAUUAAAGGAAAACUGUUCCAGUCAUUUAAAAGUACUUGUUAAGUACUGCUUUUUACAGUUAUGACAACUGUUUCUUUCUAUGCAUAUAAAUCAAGCAACCAAAUAUCUGUAGCCAUGGAAAUGUCUGACUAGAAAUAUUUAUAUUGGAUUCUGAAUACAAAAUGUCCCUGUGGUAGAACUCUUACUUCUUAUGCCUGGUGCAGUAUAAUUCCCAAGUGUACUGUCCACCAGAAGAAAAAAACUAAUAAAAAAUGAAAUAUGAAAA